ACUUGCAGGAAAAUUUUCGGCGAGGUAACGUGAUGUAAAAACUUGCAGUAUAUAUCCAACAUUCACAGGAUUUUUUCAGAUUCCUGCGUGUCAACGCAGGAAUUUGUAAAUUUUUUUUCAGUGGGUAUGCAUGAGAUGAGAAAUAUUUACAUGUAAAUGUAAUCCAGAAACUGAAAACAGUUGCAUAAAAAAAUUAAAAUGUAUAAAAAGAAAGGUUUAAAAAUUUCAUUAUAGAAUUUCUAGUUAGUAUUUUUCGGAUGAGAGGAGUAUAGCAAAAUAAAAUAGCUGUUUGGAUCUUUACUUAUCUUAACAGUUUUAUUAGUUUUUAAUAAUCGGUUUUUCACCGAGUUACAGUUCAAUACUAAUUUUUUCGAUUAUUAUUUUAGAUGAUCCACGACAAGUUCAAGAAGGAAUCGGUGGCUGUGGCUAUGCAUUAGUCGUUUUGUCAUGGGUUAUAUGCAUUUUUACCUUUCCAUUUUCAUUGUGUGUCACUGUAAAAGUUGUGCAAGAAUAUGAACGUGCUGUUAUCAUGCGUCUUGGUAGAAUUUUGCCAGGCGGUGCAAAGGGUCCAGGCCUCUUUUUCGUCUUACCAUGCAUUGAUACAAUAAUGAAAGUCGAUUUGAGAACCGGUACAAUAUUGACACGAGAUUCUGUAACAGUGUCUGUUGAUGCUGUUGUCUAUUUUCGAAUAUUUAAUCCAAUAAUUUCUGUCACAAACGUAGAAAAUGCACGUUACUCAACACAACUGUUGGCGGCCACAACGCUAAGAAAUAUUCUUGGUACCAAAACAUUACAGGAAAUUUUAUCUGAUCGUGAAAAUAUAUCACACUCAAUGCAAAGUCAUCUUGAUGAAGGUACUGAUCCAUGGGGUGUAAAAGUUGAGCGAGUUGAAAUUAAAGAUGUUCGUCUACCUGUCUCAAUGCAACGUUCAAUGGCAGCUGCUGCUAGAGAAGCUCGUGCAAAAGUAAUUGCCGCUGAAGGUGAACAAAAAGCAUCAAGAGCAUUAAAGGAAGCAUCUGACGUCAUCUCAGAGUCGCCGAUAGCACUUCAGCUACGUUAUUUACAAACAUUAACGCACAUAAGUGCCGAAAAAAAUUCAACAAUUGUCUUUCCCAUUCCAGUGGAAUUAUUACGAUUGAUGAAAACUAGGGCAGACAAAAAUUAA